AGUCUGGGCUCUCUCUCUCUGGUGUUCGCGAGAAGGGCGUAUAAGAAACCAUUGUUGAAUCGGUUGCUCCGGAGGUUGUUCAUUUGAGCUCUCACUCGAUCAGGAUUCGCUUCCAAAUCUUUUCGAACUUUCACGGUAGAGAGAGAGAGAUUGAGGAUUCUUGUAGCUAUGGAGGCGUACACGAGGACGAGGACGAAGAUGAAGCGCAAAGACCUCGACCAAGUUAACGACGACUUCUCCGACUUCUCCCUUUCUUCUCCCGCCAGGAAGAUUCGCCGACUGGACGCGGAGUUACCGCCGAUAAUGGAGGACGAUGAACCUGAAUUCGCCAUGCCCUACCUUCAACCGGAACCUGAGAUUCUGCAGAGCCGGAGCGGUGGGCCGGUGAUGAAGGAAUUGCCGACGGAAUCGGCCUCGUCCUCCGCCCCGGAGAACGAGGAGAGGGCUCUCGUUCUCUUCAAGCCCGUGCACGGCCAUCUUCUUGGAAUGAACUCCCCUUCGAGUUUCUCUGUGUCCGUGGACCCUGAAUUCAUCUCUGGGUUUAAGAAUCAAUUCUACCGGUCGAAUGAGCCUGCCCAUGAGAAAUUGAUUGAAGAUGAGACAGGUGAUGCAGAGACAGAUAAGGGAGGUAUUAACUGUAAGGCCGUGGUCCCUUGGAUUCCUUUUCAGCUUCCUCCUGCAUCAGGCAUUGAACUCCUCCAGACCGAGGGUAGUGAGGCAAUGGAGGCUGAGGAAAUGGAUGACGGGAUGAUGGAGAUUGAAGAUGCUAGCGGAAGUUAUCCGGCAGCUCAAGAGCAAGCACAUAGUCAUGCAGGACAGAGCACAAGUGAAGGAUUUCAGCAGUGGCAGCAACCACACUGUAUGACACCUCAGCUACCCCCGAGUGUCUCUACGCCACUCGUGUGGUAUCGGUAACAUGUCCACGAUGUUAUGUUGUAGUUCCCUUUGAAUGCCAACCGGCAACAACUUUGGAGGAUCUGCCGCAGAAUGUGACAGAAUAGUUACAAGGAGACAACUCUUGCAGCUGUUCCUUUUUGAUCGGGAAAGUGAAAAUGAUAUCUUAGUAGCAAGAUUUUGUACAGAGCGGUAGGAGUAAAGAUGUAUUAUGAGAACUCCCGUGGGAGGGCAGACGGAUUGCUUAUGUGCUCAAGAUUCUGCUCCUUCCUCCGCCGGGAGGGGGCUUUCAUAUUUAGUGGCAAGCACUAGCUAGUGAUGUGAUUCGAUUCAGCACGAUGGGAAUGAAAUAUGGAGCGUUUUCAAAAGUCGCAUCA